GGUCUGAAACUAAAUUUAAUCAACGUGUUUUAGUCGGUGCAUGGAGGAGGGAUACAUGACAGGGGCUCUGAGGCAAAAUAGUCCUCAAGUUGCCGUAUUUGCAUUGUAGACAGUGGGACUCCUGGUUCCUAUCACCCCCACUGUAAACAUCAAACCAAUCGGACUUGGUUUACAUCUCAGCCACUGAAUUAGACAGAAAUAUUGAAAACUCGGCGGAAUUCCUCUUUCAUGUUUACUUUUUUCCCAGAUAAAAUGAACAAACGUAAAAAAAUAAACAUGGCUUAAAGUGUUAGGUCUGCUAACUGUUCAUCUCACGCGCCACAACAUAAACGUAUUUGUCAUCUCAAAUGACAAAAUGCUGAAUUUUAUGACAGCUAGAGCCUUUUUUGCUCUAACUUCAUGGAUCCGUAUGUGGUUCCACACUCCAGUGCCCUCAUAACGUACAAAUUCCUUCCACGGCAGUUACUGUAACCAUUCGCACCCAUGGCAUCGCAGUCACCUGAAGCGCCCCCUGGUGACGAACUCCCACCUGUGGCCCUCACGCCCGUCUCCCCAAACAAGCUCUCACUGAAGAUCAUUGACCCAUCCAGGAAGAAGCUGGUGUCUCCAGAACCGCAGCGGAUCGUAGGUGUUCUGGACGAGUGCAUCCGUAAGAUGGAGCUGGUGGCCCUGCUGCCCUCUGAGCUGACCCAUCCUGAGAGCCUCUCUGUGAGCCUGGGAGGAAAAGCUGUCGGGUUCCUCACCGAGCACUUGCGUGUGGUGAAGGAACGCAGGGCCCUGACUGGGGACACGGAGGAGGAAGAACGGGAUGCAGCCACCAAAGGAGCGCGGAAUUCACUGCUGAACCUUUUGCGGCUGCUGAGGGGUUGUCCUACCGCGGGGGCGGGGCUUAAAGGGGCGGGGCCAAUUACAGAAGACCGGAGAGGGGUGCAGGAGCUGGUGGCCGGGUUACAGGAGCUCAGAGCGGUCGUCUUGGAGAGGCUCCUGACCACAGCUUCAGAGGAGAGGGAACGCAGCCGGCACAUUCAGGAAGUCAGCAUGCGUCACCGUAGCAACCUAGAGGUGGUCGCUACACUUGAAAAGGAAGUUGCGGCAGCAAUAAAAGACAAGGAUGAGGAGAUCAGCAAGCAGAACGAGGCGAUUCGGCGGCUGAAGGGUUCCCUGCACCAGAAGGAAAAGUCUUCAGAGGACUUUGUGGCUCGGACGCAGAAGGAGGCUCAGAGGCAGGACGAGUCGGAUCAGAAAACCUCGGAGGGGAAACAGACGCGCCUCCAGCAGGAGGCCAAUCAACUGCGAGUGCAACUAAACAACCUGAUCACUGAGCACAAAGAAGCUGAGCUGGCACUGCGCAAGAAAAAAUACAAACUGGAGACAGAGAUAGAAAACUGGAUUCAGAAAUACGACACAGAUAUGGGAGAAAAACAGACGGAGCUGGAGGAGAUGACCGUGAUCUAUGAGGAGGAGAAGGCUGAGCUGAGGGAGCUGCAGGAGCACUAUGCUGUUCUAGAGCUGGAAUACUCGCAGAUCAUGGAGGAACGCAGGAUAGCGCAGGAGAAGAAAGAGGAGGAGGAGAGGGAGAGAGAAGUGAAGAGUCACGCAGUCGUCAUCAUCCAGGCCUUCUGGAGAGGACACUGUGUCCGCAAGGUCAUGAAGGCCAAGGUCAAGAGCAAGAAGGCAAAGAAGGGGAAAGGGAAGAAGGGCAAAUGAGUCAGAGUGUAUAAACACUGUGCACACUUACAGAGUUCUGACCUACUCGUAAAUAAAAGUUUUUAUUUCGUCAGCCUACAGGCCACAGCUAACAUCUGCA